AUGCAGACGUCAGCUUCUGACGUCCACGCCGUAACCUGCAAUAACCAGACAUGGGCCCAGGAAGACAGACUUUCACUCGAGAGCCAGCCGGCCUUAGCUACAGCUGAGCCGCUGUGUCCUAGUCCUUCUGUAUCAGUAGCCUGCAGUGAACACAAGCUGCUCUAUGACGACCAAAAGAUGAACACUCCCCCAGUGAGAAGCAACUUACAGGAGGACUGUUCUGCAGCCUCCCUGAAUCCACAGCAGGAGCUGCCUUGUGGUCCACCCCCUCCUGAGCUAGGGGCAUGGGCUCCUGACCAACAAAGCCAAGAAAGCCAAGCAGAUCAGCAGGAUGACCUUGAAAUUUUCAAAGAAAAUUCUUUAGAUUUGUGGAAACAGCUAGCCAUUUACAUGCAGGUCCCUUUUGAUUUCGAUAUAGAAAAAUUCGCUGAGGACUGGCCUUUCCAAUAUGAUGAUGCAAAUUCAAUAGUCUGGCCAGACUCUGAGGCAGAAGAUGAUUCUCUGUUUGGAUGUGAACGUGACGGUCCAUCCUAUACAACAAAGCCACCCAUCAUGCAGUCUCUGAAUGAUCCAUUUAUCUCUGGAGAAAGGUCACCUGAAAAAGUCAGACGUGGGAGACAGACACCUCGCCCCUACUGCUACACAGAUGACCAUUCCUAUUGUUCAAUGCCUGGGUCAAAGACUGGUGCUGGGAAAGCAACCGGGGAGUCCAAGAAAUUGGUGAAGAAGAGGGACAGAUGUGCAGUCAGGGUGGCACAGGCCUCCUGUGGCUCCGCCAGUCUCAUCCAGCUUUCUCCAGAGAGAGCAGCAGAACAGCCUCGGGCCGCGACAGUUCAGUCUGCAGUACAGGGCCAGGGAGGCCAACACGCACCGCCAGUCAUCCAAAGUCCCUGCAGCUCGGGAAACAGCUCCUUGGGUAAGCCUUUUACUUCACAGCAGGCAAGCCGCAUUCGCAUUUGGCAGCUUCCAUCUCCUGCCCCUGCUUCGGAGCCACCAAGUCUUGCCCAGAAACCUGCUGUGGAGGUGAGGCGAGUCCGAGUCCGCAUACUUCCUACAGCCACCGUGACUACUGCCAGCACAUCACAAGCAACCCCGGUCAUCCAGGUCAAGGCCUCCUCUGAUGACUCCAAGGUCGUUCGACUGAUGGGCCCUAUUCGCGUCGUCCGGACUGUGGAUUUAAUAACCUGGGAUUGUUUUGCUUGCAUUAUUGUUUGGUUGCUGCUGUUGUCAUAG